CGUGACACUGACAUUGAAAACACGUCCAUUUGCAUAUUUUAUGUUAAUUUUUGCAAUGAUAACCUCUGUCAGUAAGCAGAAAUUAGUUGAAAGUAAAGAAAACAAUCUAUUGCAACUAACGAAUGGAAUAUCUAACAACAACUAAAGCGAUAUCAUUAAAUAAUACUCACUUUAAAUUUCUGGUUAAUUUUUUUUCUUUCCCAAAAUGAAAGUAGACACGGUGUAACGUUAGAAUUGGAAGUUGUGAAAGUUACGAAAAACAAUAUGUCAGCGCCCAUGGUUGUUUAUUUUCACUUUAAUUUUUAAGUCAUAGAAUGAGCAAACCGAAACAUCACAUUCGUCAAGAAGUGUGUUUAACAAGGGCUCCUUAUAGAGAUGGCAGAAAACCAACAGCUGUUAAAGUAUACACAAUUCAUCAUGAGUCAAAGUACUUGUUGGUACAGGGAGUGUCAGCUACAGGUGUUGGCAGUGACCUGGUAAAGUUAUUUGAGACUGUUGGUGAUGUAGAGGAACACAAGAUACUUGAUGACUACCCGAGUGAACAGUUUACUGAGGUUCAUCUAGUCAAAUACAAACGGAUACAGUCAGCAAGGUUUGCAAAGAGAAAGUUUGAUGAUUGGUCAUUUUUUGGUGGUGUUCUACAUGUUUGUUAUGCGCCGGAGUUUGAAACAGUGCAAGAAACAAGAGAAAAGUUACGUGAGAGGAGACGUGUAGUUGAAGCAAAAACCAAACAAUAUAGGUCUGAUGGUACAUAUUCUAACAGUUUCAUCCAGACAUCUUCCAGCAGUACUGUAACUAAAGAAGAAGAUUUUGGAAACACAGACAGUCACCAGGCAUUAUCAAUAGAAAAUGGGGGCACAAACUUUGACACAAUAGAUAAUCAGUACUACAGUUCUGCUUGUCAAAGUGAACAGACACAGAAUUUUACAAAUACUAGUUAUCAAAAUGCACAGCAAUAUGGUGUACAUGACGAGCCAUCAUACUUAAGUGAUACCAAUCAAAACUAUGGGGGUCCAUCAGCGCCACCUCAACAAAAUUUACCAAGUGGUAGCAAUUUACAAAACCAUGUCGCACAUUCAAUAUUAGGAAAUAGUGGUACAAUAGAACAACCUCAAACAAAUGAUCGGAAUCAUCAGACUUCUAAACGCUACGGUGAACAUGUGGUUCAGCAGGCUCAAAGUUUACAAAACUAUGGUAAAAGUGCUAUUCUAAAUAGAGUAAAUGUGUUAAAAAGACAAAAUAUAGAAAGUUCUGAAACAGACAACAGUGACAACAGUGAAUCAAUUGAAACUACACUGCAUCCUGACUUAGACAAUGAGGAACAGUUUACAUUACCCCCACCUCCAAAACAGAUGAGGUUCACAGACAGAGUAUUUAGAAAGUCUCAAAAUUAUGGUGGAGCAAAAGUGCCAUCUGCUCAAGCCACAUUUCCAGCAAAUUUUGAUGCAAGGACUGAUCAAGUUAAAAUAAGUUGUUCAAAGAUACAGGAUUCAGAUUCCCUUAAAACUGAUUUGGAUAACAAAAGUGAAAUUGUGAGCUCAAAAGAAAAGCUUGAUAGAUCUAAUGUCAAAACUAUGCAGGACAAGGUUGAGGAGAAUUUGAAAAGCAAAAAUAUUGUGAUUAAGGAAUUCAGUAAGAGAACAACAGUGCCAAAGUUUAUACCAAGACAAGCACUGAUUCGAAAUAAAACAGGAAAAGCAACAGACAAAACAAAAACUGAAAAUGGUAUUAUUAAAACAAAUGAGCUUAAUAAAGAAAUAAGGAAAAAUGCGCUAAUGCUGGGUAAAGUGCAGGGACCUGCAGAUUUAGGACCAAGUGUGUCAAAGGAAAGUCUUGAUCCAAAAGAAAAAUCUGUGAUAAACAGUACUCUGGAAAUAAGGAGAAAGUUGAAAGAGAUAAAAGAUUGAGUGAUAUGGAUACAGAAGUUGUGGAACAUUUGCCAGUUAAACACAGAAAUUACUCAUAUGAAUUUUUUUUUCACUAUUGACAUUCUGUAAAUAUCAUUUUGAAAUGCAUAGUUUAUUAAAAAUACAAUUAGUCAAUACAUUAUAUGCCAUC